AUGGCAUCCCAAACAUCCUCGAUUGAUCUUACCUACAUCUAUAAACUCUCCAUUGUAAAGAUAAAGUCCAUCGGUUCCAAUAACGCCAACCAGGCCACCACCAUACGCAAGGAUACCAGCACUCUACGUAAAUUGGUGUUGAUUAAUACCUUUAUUGAACGUAAGAUGGCCUUUUACGAGGAGCUCCUGUUGGCUAAGAGAAAUUCCGCCCACAUGAACAUUGGAUGUGGUAAACUCGCGAACAACAUCGGUGUCGCUGGUAACGGCGUCCGUGUGAAGGUUGUGAAUGUGGCGAGACCUGAUGCUGGCGAUGACGUCACUUACUCCAACUCAGCUGCGACCAUCAGUGGCAAUGAUCAUUUUGAUUACGAGGAAGACGAGAGCGAGAGACCCACUUCUCCUCCGCCACCCUACUCACCUCCUUCUUCGCCCGUCUAUCAUAUUGUUCAAAAGGAAUACCCUUCAAAGCAUGAUUUCAACAAGAUCCUCAUUCCAGUACAGGUGCAUCGUAAUGUCUUUCAUCCCGCCGAACAGGCGCAAUAUCAACAACAACAAUAUCAUCUUUCCCAAAGAGGAUACUACAAUCAAUUACAUCAAAAAGAACCGCAGAAAGCGGUUCAAAGGAUAUUGAUUCCGUUGCCCGGCUCACCCAAGCAAUUCGCCAAUGCCCCCCCGCCAAGGUAUGCUCAAGCCUUGCCACCAUCGCACCAAAUUCAUCUUGUAAAAGUGGUGCCACGACAACGGGCGCUUGACGCCAGGUUUUACUGA